AUGCCAGAUCAGCUGGACAGAAAAUUCAUCGAGAAGGUUCCUUAUGCUGAAAUCAACAAUCAAAGUCACUACAUUCCACACUUCGGCGUUUUCAAAGACUCUGCUACAACACCGCUAAGAAUCGUUUAUGACUGUUCAUGCAAAACUCCAGCUGGAGUCAGUCUGAAUGAUUGUUUAGAAAUUGGCCCUCCACUCCAGAACGAUAUGUUGGCCAUUCUCCUUUUCUUUCGCGUGCACACUAUCGGUUUAACAGCCGACAUCGAAAAGGCUUUCCAUCAGAUUGGACUUCACGAGCAGGAUCGCGAUUUCGUCCGUUUUCUAUGGCUAAAGGACCCUCUAGACCCGAAAUCUGAUUUCGAGUCAUUCCGUUUCCGUGUUAUUCCAUUCGGCGCUAGCAGCUCUCCAUUUAUCCUCCUUUCGGUGAUCAAGAAACACCUACAAGCUAGCUCAUCUCCGCUAGCGGCUGAUAUCAACCGAAACAUCUAUGUUGACAAUCUUAUAUCUGGUUGUGAAACAACGGAAGAAGCCAUGGAUUACUAUUUGGAAACGAAUAGUGUAUUGAAGCAAGCUGGACUUAAACUACAGUCAUGGGGUUCCAACGAUAGCCAUCUUACGGCGAGAGCAAACAGCGAAGGAGUCAGCGAUUGA